UCCGGGCUGCAGCGACUGUCAUAGGGUCGGACUGUAACAGUUGGCCAGAAUACCUAAUUGCAUCUUCUGGCGGUCCAAUAGAACCCGACACGAUGGGGCCACAACCGACCGCGGGCGAAGCGGGAGAGGAGUAUAGGACAUCGCCCGACCGGGCUCUGAGAGAACUGAAGGAGCGAAUUAGGCAAGAAGCACCGCUGAGAUGGGCUGACCAAACCAAUGACGGAAGGUCCGACAUGAGAGGUGAACCAGUUGCGACAGAGUCACAGGAGGCUCUAAAGACGGGUACCUCGAGCGGACGACGAGAAACGACGAGGCGGCGCUCCCCCGAGUACGAGCGGAGGGACAUCAUAGUGGACAGGUACAGAGACGACUGGAGAGAGAAUUUGAGGGAUUCCUACUGGAGGGACAGAGAUAGAGAGAGAGCGCCGCCCAGACGAGUCUUCGACCCCCAAACAGGGGAGUCACAUCCGCUCCCUUACGAGAGCAAGGACCGGUAUAUUAUUACGCACAAGGUCUCAGAGCCUCCUGCCUUCAUCACAGAAUAUCUCGAGAAGUGGGAGCUUCACGCCAGCCGGAGUCAGUGGUCGGAGGAAGAGAUUAUAGAGAACUUCCUAUUUAAUGUGGACCCAAGUCUCGAUAGGGAAGUUAAGGAAGCUCGACCGAAGGAUGGCAAAUGGRCUACGUACAAGAAGAACCUCGUUGAGCUUUACAAAUUGGAGGAUAACAAGUAUUCSAUCAAGGACCUUGAAACAAUGACUCAAGAUGAAGAUGAGAGCGUACGGGCAUUUGGGAUGCGUUUCCARAAGAUCUCCGACGUGCUGAUGAAGAAGGGRAAGAUCUCAGAGGUCGAGCGYUGUACUAUCUUCAUCGGACACUUGUCCAAAGGUAGGCAAAAGAGUAUWCUUAGAGAUCUUCCGCGCGACAGGCUUGAUUUCCCAGAAGUUCUAAAGCUCGCGAUAAAGGCAGAGGCAGACGAUUACAAGGACUUGGUGUGGAGAGGGAUGAGGAGACGUGACUUCUCUCUCUACAAGGAGUAUGCCACUGAUAGAUGUCCUGAUUUCAAGGACUAUCCCUGGUCGGAGAAGAAUGAGGCUUUAGAUGAGGAAGUGAAGGAGAUACGGGACAUGGUCAAGGGAUUGACAAGACAGGUUACGGAGAUUGUGACCGCCACAGGGGUCACGGCCUACCGGGACAAACCUGGAGGGCCCUAUUCGCUUCGCUGGGACCAGCAGCGCGACGAGUUGCGGGGAUGGUACAACCGAGGGGACCGACGUGAUGAGUCACGAGGACGAUAUAACUCGGGAGACCGUCGGGAUGAUUCGCGAGGGCGAUAUGACCAAGGAGGGUCUGGAGGAGACCGGCGCAACGAUUUGCGCGGUCGGAAUGAGAGAGGGGGAUAUGGUGUCUCAUCAGAACCAUAUCCRAAGUCGCCUGACCCCAACGCGGCCAGAAAUUCGAUGUCUAAAGGCGCAGACGACAGGGCGUCUACUCCCAGAAACUCAUGCGUCUAUUGUAGAGGGGAAGAUCAUAUCAAGAGGGAUUGCCCGGACCUCAAACGGACAAUAGAAGAGGGACUUGUCGUGCUUGACGACCGCAAGUACGUCAAGUGGGCAGAUGAUCUCGGAGAUGUAUCAAUGUUCCCUUCGAUGAAGGAGAAUGUCGAAGCAAGGAGAAUAAAGACGAGCAAAGGAAUGGAGCCGGUCAGAAGUCAGAGCAUCAAGAUAACCUUAGAGGGGGAUAUGGCGACCACACCCAUAAGGGUGGCAGCCACCAAGUCGGCGAGAGGGUCUUCAUCAAAGAAAACUGACACGGAUUACGUGAUGGCGGAGAAGGACGGGCARCGGGUCGAUGGAGAGGAGGUUAUCCUUUCGCCGCGAAAGCGGGGAGUCAAGAAGUUCUUAAUGAAGAGUUCGCUGGACGAGAUUGACACGGUCGAGCCACUGAGGCGGGCCCUGUGGCAACCCAUGCAGUGCUCUAUUCUGGAGUACCUGGCGGYAUCGAAGCCAGCUCGUGAUGAGUUACAGAUGAUCACGAGGAAGACCCGCAUACCUCUAUCGGAGGAGGGUCAGGGGGCCCCUAAGGCGGAAGCUUUUAUAGUAGCAGUAAAGGGAGUGACCGCCAGAGCGGACCGCAUGGCGACAGUCCUUCUUGAUAGAAUGGAAGGUGUGCCCCCAGACAAGUUUUAUAUACUUGGUAGCGGGGCCGUAGAGACGAUUAUAAACGAUGGAGCGGUACUCGAUGCUGUGAUUGAUAACGGCAGUGAGGCUGUCAUCAUAGACGAGGACCUGGCAGUACAGGUUGGACUGAGCCUCGAUAGGUCAUACUUAUUCGAGAUAGAGACGGCUGAUGGGAGAAAGCAACAGAUCACUAGGGUUUGUCACAAGGCAGCCAUAGAGGUCCAAGGGGUACGAGUGACCCUUCCUGUCUUUGCAGUCAAAAACUGCAGCUCCGAUUUGCUCUUUGGUCGAACGUGGCUGAGCCACGUGCAUGCGGUGACGAUAGAGCGACCUGAUGGGAGUCAAACAUUGUCCAUUAAGAAGCCAGACGGGACGCGGGUAAUGAUUGAGACAGUGGAGCCUCGAGACCCGAGGAACAGAGCAGCUCUCGCUGUGGGUGCAAGACCCAGUGAGCAGAUUAAGUCGUUGCCUAUCUCCARCCGCGCGGUGCGAUUUCGCGAGAAGAAAUAUGGACCACUGCUCACAGAGGAAGAAGGUCGGAUGGUGGAGGUCGAAGACUUAGGGAGUCGCCUAAUAGUGGACGGCAACUCGUGCCCAAAGGGAAAAGAUGAGGAAUUUGGCGGUGUGGUAUCCGUGUCUUUUUAAAGGGCACGGCUACCCAAGCGA